CUGAGCAUUUAUAAAGUAUAACAGCCUUCUUGACUAAAAUGCUUUCAAACAGUGGCAAAAAUUUAACAUGUUGAGAUAAAGGACAUAUUCGAUCUGAUAUUUUAUUUGACAAACUUUGGAUUUACCUCUUGCACCUCACUUUGCUUGCCUUUGCUUCCAGGGAUCAUGUUUUGGCUUUGUGAAGUUGGGCAACUUCCUUAACCUCUCCAAGCUUUGGUUUUCUCACCUGUAAAACACGAUAAUAAAACCACUUGAGAACUUUAAGAGUUAAAUGAGGUAAUUCAUGUAAAACUGCAUGCUCACAAAAAGAAAAGUAGUGUCUCUGCCCUCUGCCUCCCACCCCCAAAACUUGAGAAUUUAGAAUUCAACCUCUCUACCUUCCUGGUCUUUUGAAAAUAUAGCCAGGUCCUUUUCACUGGAAAGGUCCUAGGCAAGAGGUAGCUAGGGGCUACUUAUUCUAUCAAACGUGGGGAAGCUGACAGGUUAGAAACUGUAUUUUUUCAUAGUAAUUACAUUGGGUUUGGCAUUCCUGAUUUCCUCUCUUGAAUGGUACUUAGCCUAUUUAGCAGUUUCUACCCCCCAACCAAAAUACAUACUAAUACAAAUAACUGGUAUAUAUACGUGUGUCAGACACUGUUUUGAACACUUCACGCGGUACAAGUAAUCUCAUUCCUCGCAGCCACUGAGUUAGGUCACCAUAAUACCACCCAGUUUGUUAAAUAACUUGUGCAAGGUCCUGCAGGUAGGAAGUUUUGGAGCCCGGACUCCAUUGCCCCUCCACCGCCCACGUUCUUGACACUGUGGGCCUUCUGGAGCUGCAUCAUGUUGAAAGGGCAGAUAGAUGGACAAACAGAAAACGUGGUCGGGUCGGCCGACCGACGCGGAGUGGGCGCAGGACAUAACGCGCAUUUUUCGCGAGUCCGCCAGGGCGCUCACCUGUCACCUGGGUCAGUUCCUAUCACUUUUCGCCACUUCCGGUAGCGGCCCCGCCCCCUCGCGUCCCUCCGUGCAUUUCGCGUUCAAGAAUUUUGUCCCCAGCGCCGAGCCGUCUCCCCGCCCUCGCCGCUGCCAUGGCGGCAGCUCCGCCGCUCUCCAAGGCCGAGUAUCUGAAGCGUUACUUGUCUGGGGCAGGUGCCGGCGUCGAUGGGGGCCCUGAUUCCGGUCGCAAGCGUCGCAGAAAGCGGCCGAAGCCUGGCGGGGCUGGCGGCAAGGGAAUGAGGAUUGUGGAUGAUGAUGUGAGCUGGACAUCUAUUUCCACUACUAAACCGGAAAAGGAGGAUGAUGAUGAUGAUGGAGAUUUGCCUGUGGUGGCUGAGUUUGUGGACGAGCGGCCGGAAGAAGUAAAGCAGAUGGAAGCCUUUCGUUCCAGUGCCAAAUGGAAGCUUCUGGGAGGCCACACUGAAGAUCUGCCCUCACACAGACACUUCCGUCACGACACCCCGGAUUCAUCUCCCCCCAGGAGGGUCCGUCACGACACCCCGGAUUCAUCUCCCCCCAGGAGGGUCCGUCACGACACCCCGGAUUCAUCGCCCCCCAGGAGAGUCCGUCACGACACCCCAGAUUCCUCUCCCCCCAGGAGAGUCCGUCACGAUACCCCAGAUUCGUCUCCCCCCAGGAGGGUCCGUCACGACACCCCGGAUUCAUCCCCCCCGAGGAGAGUCCAUCACGACACCCCAGAUUCGUCUCCCCCCAGGAGGGUCCGUCACGACACCCUGGAUUCAUCCCCCCCGAGGAGGGUCCGUCAUGACACCCCAGAUUCCUCUCCCCCCAGGAGGGUCCGUCACGACACCCCAGACCCAUCUCCUCCCAGGAGGGCCCAUCAUGCUUCUCUGGAUGCUUCUCCCCUCAGGAAGCCUCAUCGUCACUCUUCAGGUGUGUCUCCUAGGAAAGUCCAUCACGACACACCAGAUCCAUCUCUUUCUAGGAGGGCCCAUCACAGUUCCUCAGAUAGCUCUUUUCCCAGAAGGGGCCGAAAUAGCUCCCCUGACACAUCUCAACCGAGAAGGACUCUUGACUCCUUGGACACAUCGCAGCUCAGGAGGGCCCACCAUGACUCCCCUGAUUUGGCUGCUAAUGCAAGAACCAAAAGCAGUAAAGCCCUGGAAAGAGCCUCUAGCAAAACUUCUCCACAUCGGAAGGGGCCGGGACCAUCUCAUGCAUCACUCCCAAAGAAAAGCAAGUUUGAGUAUAACUCUAACGUCUCUCCUCCAAGAAAAAAGCAAGCAAAAUCUCAUAAGCAUGAUUCUAAAGACUCUUCCCCCAGCCAUAGGAAGUUUCACACAAGCUCUUCACCUAGGAGACAUCUGAGUCACACGUUGGAUUCUUCCUCCUAUGCAAGUGACAGUCGGAAAGCCUCAGAUUCAGAUCUUUCUCCUCCUCGACAUAAGCAAAGUUCAGGGCACAGGGAUUCUGACUCAGAUCUGUCACCUCCACGGAAUAGACCUGCACGUCGGAGCUCUGAUUCUGACCUGUCUCCACCAAGGAGGAAACAGAGGGUCCAAUCUUCUGAUUCUGAUCUGUCUCCACCUCGAAGGAGUCAACCUCUAGAAAAGAAGGCUUCAUACAUGUAUUCUGGGUCUAAAACUGGGUUGGUGUCUGCUGAUGUGCACCGAGAGGAGCAGGAGCUCAAGAAACGGGAAACCCUGGCGUUUGAAGCUGAAUCCCAGUAUGCUGAAACUGUAUUUCGAGAUAAAUCUGGCCGUAAGAGGAAUUUGAAACUGGAACGUUUAGAGCAAAGGAGAAAAGCAGAGAAGGACUCGGAGAGGGACGAGCUGUACGCUCAGUGGGGAAAAGGGCUAGCCCAGAGCCGGCAGCAGCAACAAAACGUGGAGGACGCAGUGAAGGAAAUGCAGAAGCCUCUGGCCCGCUAUAUUGAUGAUGAAGAUCUGGACCGGAUGCUGAGAGAACAGGAGAGAGAGGGGGACCCCAUGGCUAGCUUUAUCAAGAAGAGUAAAGCCAAGGAGAAUAAGAAUAAGAAAGUGAGACCUCGAUACAGUGGUCCCGCACCACCUCCCAACAGAUUCAAUAUCUGGCCUGGAUAUCGCUGGGAUGGAGUGGACAGAUCCAAUGGAUUUGAACAGAAGCGCUUUGCCAGGCUUGCCAGCAAGAAGGCGGUGGAGGAACUUGCCUACAAGUGGAGUGUUGAGGAUAUGUAAUUUUUCUGAAGCUGUGGGAUGGCUGUGGGUUGUGCUAGUGGAUAUAGGGCAGCCAGACAUCCAGCUGUAACAAUUGUCUAUGCUAAUAAUCAGGGUCCACACAGACCAGCAACUUGAAUGCCAGUUUUGACUGUGCAAGAAUAUUUUGAGACCUGAUGUUCGGACUGAGGCACCUGGCCUUCUUCAGGUGUUCCAACACUGGCUAUUGUUGGCCUUCAGAGGAAGCAUUGAUUUUUCAGUGUCCUAGGAUUUGUUCUUGGUUAGGGUUUUUGUUCUUUAAUAAACAUGCAUUUAUUUUUUCAAAA